AUGAACUCGAAACUCGCUUCGGUAGAAAACCUCUGGCAAGUGAAAGAACAAGUCAAAAAUGUAGAAAUGAUCGCGGAAGAAGUUCUAAGCCUCAAAAAUCAAGUGCUCGCGCUCAAUAAGCAAAAAGAUCAAGCUAGAUUAGCUUGGCGCGCCCUGCAGAAGACCAACGAUCAAACCGUCUGGCUGAACUUCGGUGCGCCAUUUAUACAGUAUGAGGCGGGUGACGCGGAAGAUAUGCUAAAGUCUGAUAUGAAGAUCAUCGAAACCAGCAUAAAUGAGACACGCGAGGCGCUGAAAAAAGCUGCCGAUCGUCUAGAAAAGGCACAGGGAUCUGACAAAGUAGCUGCAUUCAGUCAUCUCCAAGCAAUAUCAGCGUCGGAUGUCCGCGAUUUUCUCAAAAAGUGA